CUGACCGAGCCAGCGGUACGGGAUUAGUUUUCUUCUUGGUGCAUCGUGCUCACUGACGUCUCUCCUCGUAUAUUUAUCUACGCCACGCUUGACUUGUGCUCUAUUGUUACUCGCUAACACCUUAUCGACGAGCAAUUUUAAUUAUUCAACGAAACGAGAAUUUUCUCCGUAAAGAGUAUCAAGAUCAGUUUGUUGUUCGUUUGCUGCUUAUCAACAGCCAUUUAAAUUAUUCAACGGAGGAAGAAUACCUAAUUAGACAAUCAACGAGUUUCCAGUGUUUUGAUUUAUAUUUUCUCUUCUGAACGUUACACGAAAUAUUUGAAGGAGUUGCCUGUCGACAAUAUGCCAAGCAGUAAAACCAGAAUUGCCAUAAUCGGUGGUGGUGUGGCUGGAUUAGUGGUAGCUCGCCAUACAGCAAUCAAGCUGGACACGUACAGUCUUACAUUAUUCGAGCAAACCGAUCAAAUUGGUGGAACGUGGGUCUACACGGACGAAACCGAUGUCGACAAACAUGGAUUGCCAGUUCAUAGUAGCAUGUACAAGAACUUGAGAACAAAUCUCCCUCGAGAAAUAAUGCAAAUACCUGAUUUUCCACUGAAAUACGACGAAGGAUCGUCAUUUGUUCACCACAGUGUGAUUCGGGAAUACCUAGGGGAUUAUGCCAAACAUUUUAACUUGUAUCCACAUAUAAAGUUAAACACACUGGUGAAACACGUGGAGCCAGAAACCUUGCCGAACGACCAGGUAAUCUGGAUGGUCACGUACCAGGAUCUGGAAAGCAAAGUAGAAACGACUAAAACGUUCGACGCUGUGGUCUUGUGUAAUGGUCAUUACACUGUAGGCCAUAUUCCACUCAUUCCAGGUAUUGAAAGUUUCCCUGGAGAUUCUAUACAUAGUCAUCAGUACAGGUUACCGGAUGUAUAUGCUAAAAAGAAUGUUUGCAUCCUCGGUGCAUCUUGGUCUGGUAUUGACAUCGCCCUCGAGGUCUCGCAAUAUGCAGACAAGGUAUAUUUAAGCCACAAUUUACCAGAUCCUGUGGACUCGCGAAUGUCGAAAAACGUGGAACAAAGGGUAGGAAUCCAAUCGAUCCAAGGAAACAUAUUCGUCUUCCGUGAUGGUUCCACGGCCGAAGUAGACAGCUUCAUAUAUUGCACCGGCUACGAAUUCACGUAUCCCUUUAUGUCAUCUAAAGUGGAGAUACGUACGGAUAACAAUCACGUCGAGCCGGUUUACAAGCAUCUGAUACACACCGAUUACCCGAAUUUAUUUGUAAUGGGCCUGCCAGGAAUUGUUAUUCCCUUCCCUAUGUUUCAUCUGCAGGCUCAAUAUAUUUUGGGUAUUCUAGAGGGUCGCGUUCAGUUACCUUCUUCCGAGCAGAUGCGCCGGGAAUACGAAGCGGAAAAGAAGGCUCUCCUCGACCAGGGUAUUCCGCUUAGACAUAUCAACAAACUAAUGGGGAGGCAGUGGGCAUAUUACGAUGAAAUAGCCGCCGCGGCUAAUAUCCCGGGUUUCCCACCAGUGAUCAAGAAAAUCUACGACCACGUUAGCCAAAUGCGUGAAUUGGACAUCACCAUUUAUAAGAACUACCAGUAUCGCAUAAUUGACGAUGAAAAUUUCGUAGUAUGUUGUUGUAAACCUUGUUAGGGCUUAAAAGCGAAGGUUAAAUAGGAAUACUUUGUACUUCAAACGGUUUGAAACGAAACUGUUCAAAGCUCGCAAUUGUUUUGCGUUCAGUGAUAUCGAUAACGUUUGUAUUUUUCGUUUUCUUAAACCUAAGAACGCUAAUACAGUUCAUGCGAGAAUUACGAUGAUAGUAAUAACGUAUACAUAUCGUGUCAAGAUUCAAAUGUUAAAUACGUACGAUUAUUAUUGUUCACGAAUUACGAUAUCGUCACGAACGGUUGUGCGUUUUAUAACGCAUUAGAUGGAUUUUUGUGUCACAAACAAUUAUAACAUAUUACAAUACAGUUUGAAUGGAAGAUUAUGUCGCGAUUAAAUAUAAGGAAUGCAUCAAUUGCGUUCAAAUUUUGUUGAUAUAAUAUCUGGUGAGAAUUAUUGAAAGAAAAAAACGAAUGAUUUAUAAAUAAAAGAUCUACAUACAUAUAUAGAUCUACUCUAUACCCUAACAAAAGAUGAAAUAUACUUAUUCUUAGAGAAAUCA